AGUAUUAGUCUGUACAGGAUAAACUUAAAAAACAACUAACUCAGCUACCCUCCUGAAGCUUUUCUUCUGUGUUCGUCUCAUCUGAUAGAUUUUAUUCUAGUGGCCUAACUGACCCAGCUUUGUCUUAGCUUAGUCUUGGUUCUGGGAAGGAACCAAUUUAGUGUUUUGUAGGAGAGUUUCCAUUUGGGAUUCAGCGCGAAUGUGCUGCCAUUCUUGUUUGCGUGACUGGAGAGAGCUGUAGGCCAGGAGGGAGGGGAGCUGAGGUGAAGAGAACGCUCAUGGGUUCCCAAAUGCGGGGCGUGCCCCCUGGAGGGGUGUGUGAAGAAAUUCCAGGGGGGGCGCAAGGCGACCCAGCCCCACACACCUCCAUCAAUCCCACCCCAGGUUUUGCUGCUAUUUUUGGGGGGCGGGGGAUUCAUGAGGGUUUCUCAAAAAUCAAAAAGGGCGUGGUGCCGAAAAGUUUAGGAACUAUUGAGUCAUCCUAAGUUCCAAUUUUGUCCUGAUGCUUUUUCUGUGAACAAGCCAUUUCCCGAUUUUGCCUCUUCCCCCACAGGCUGCUCAGAGAGCUGAGAAGAGGACAACAUGAAGAAAACUGUGACUGAUUGCAUGCAUAAGACACUUGAGGAACUGACAGUAGAGGACCUUGAGAAAUUCAGUCACUAUUUGAACAAAUGUAAGCUGAAGAAGGGCUAUGACAAUAUCCCCAUGAGUAAACUAGAAAAAGCAACACCUUUGAAAAUAACUCAAGACCUACUCAGCUACUAUGGAGAAGACUAUGGGCGGGAAGUGACAGCGGAUGUGCUGAAAUCCAUCAACAGGAGAGAUCUGUUGGGGAAACUUUUUGAGACAGGAUCUGAUAGUUUAAGUCUUGUGCCAGAACUUCACGAAGCCCCAAACUCAGGGGACAAAGACCUUCCCAAAGCUGCUUUACACCUGAAACAGGAACCAGAAACUCAGCAUGGCACGUUCUCUGGGAAGACGAAAGUUUGCCCAGGAGGAAGCUGCCUACCGGAUUCGGUCGUUACUGCUGCCGCUUAGGAGGCGUUCUUGAACAAAUGGACCCACAGAUGGACAGACCGCCUCAGGCAGAGACUGAACUGUCACAACUGCACAAACUGCCGAGCAAAUAGAGCGAAGUUCUAAUUACAACACGACUGAGAAAUGCCCCAGCGGUUGCCUAGCAGCUGAGACCAUCUUGGCUCCAAGUGAGAAGGUUAAUGCUGGGGCAGACCAAAAGGCUUUGAGACAAAACUGGAGACACUGUACUGGGCUAAGGGGACAUUUUCCAGAGCUCCUAACUGACUUCAGGGCCUGAGAUUACGACUUCCCAUCACGUCUGUCCCCUAUGGGGUUGUCUGCACUGGGCUGCCUUCUCUAAUCCCUCCUCACCCCCUUCUGUGCCUCCUUCUCCCCUAACCCAGCCCCACCUCCUGCUCCCUGACCCCUACACUCUCCCCCUUUCCCUUUAACCACUGAAAGUCCUUUUCUGUGCUUAAUCCCUGCACUCACUGAAAAGAGGCGCAGCUGCACAGCCUCUCUCAGAUGCUGCUUCUCUCUGCCAGUGACGCAUGGAGUGAGG